AUGGGUGACGUUCGUCAAGGUUGUUUCAAUUUUUGCAAAGAAUUCAAAGCAUUUGCACUUCGUGGAAAUGUGUUAGACUUAGCGAUCGGUAUUAUCAUUGGAACUGCAUUUACUAAUGUUGUUCAAUCGCUUGUUCAUGAUAUUAUUACACCUCCAUUGGGUCUCGUCCUCGGUGGUGUUGAUUUUGUCAAUUUGACAAUUCAGAUGAAGAAUUUUGUCUACAAAAAUCAACCACCGGUAGUCAUUCGCUAUGGAAAGUUCAUUCAAACAAUAAUCUCGCUGUUGAUUAUGGCAUUCGUCCUAUUUUUUCUUAUCAAGGGUAUCAAUCAACUACAUCGAUUAGCAAUUCGCAAAAAAGAAAAGGCGGAAAACAAACCUCUCGACCAAAUCAGUGACGAAGUGAAAGUGUUAUGUGAAAUUCGAGAUCUUUUAGCUCGACAAACUACAACAACUUACUCAACUAAUGAAUUACAAUAG